GACUCCAUUUCAGAUUUCAUGGCUUCGAGCCAUAGAUCGGAUUCGGGGCAUGUAAUUGCCUCGAGGUAGGUCUCUGGUUCGCCUUGAUCUACCAACAAGACGUCACCUUCAUCAGACAUGAGAAAUCCAUAUCUGACCGGAGGAUUACGUAUCCGGUCUGACCUACGUGAUGGCAUCGAAUAACACGUACAGUCAUUCCAUUAACCUGCGCUAUAUCCUCGAGCGCCAAAAACUCUCCGGGGAAAACUUUCUUGACUCGGAGAAGAACCUCCGAAUCGUUCUUGACCGUGAGAGGAAACUUUACAUCCUUGAAACGGAUCCUCCCAAGACCCCUAAGGCAAAUGCUCGUGCGUCCGAACUCACUUCCUUCAAGAAGUAUGAGGACGACAUGCGGGAUGUUAAGUGUAUCAUUAUGGCAACCGCGCACACACUCAAUCGCACACCAUCUAAGGCUGUUGAGAGCACACCAUACGAGCUAUGGCGUGGGACAAAACCAAAUUUGUCGUACUUGAGGAUUUGGGGUUGUGAUGUUUACGUUAGACGCCUCAUGAUGUCUGGUAAGCUAGAUUCCAAAUCUGACAGGUGUAAAUUUGUGGGAUACCCUAAGGAAACGAAAGGGUAUGAGUUCUAUCAUCCCACCGAUAACAAAAUAUUUGUUGCUUGGAACGCAACCUUCCUUGAGAAGGAGUUUCUCUCUGCUAUUUCUAGUGGGAGAAAGGUAGACCUCGAAGAAAUUCGAGAACCACAAGAAGAGAUCUCAAUAGCAGUAGAACCCGAGCGCCAAGAUUUAGUAUCUCAACCGGCUCAAGUUUUACCACGUAGGUCAGACCGGAUGCGUAAUCCUCCGGUUAGAUACGGCUUCCUUGUAUCUGAUGAAGGUGACGUCUUGCUGGUAGACCAAGGGGAACCUAAGACCUGCCUCGAGGCAAUCACGUGCCCCGAAUCCGAACAAUGGCUUAAUGCCAUGAAAUCCGAAAUGGAGUCUAUGCACACAAACCAAAACUUUGCCAUGAAGGACUUGGGGAAUGCUAGUUAUGCCCUUGGCAUAAGAAUCUACCGUGAUAGGUCAAUAAAGUUGAUAGGUCUAUGUCAAAUAGAUACCAGGGGAAUCCAGGUGAAGCACACUGGACAGCGGUCAAGAAACAUUCUAAAGUAUCUUCGGAAUACUAAGGAUGCAUUCCUGGUAUAUGGAGAUGAGGAAGAGCUGAAAGUGAUCGGUUACACUGAUGCAAGCUUCCAAACCGAUCGAGACGAUUACAAGUCACAAGCAGGGUAUGUGUUUUGCCUGAAUGGCGGAGCUUUUAGCUGGAAGAGUUCUAAACAGGACACAACCGCCGAUUCAACUACAGAGGCUGAGUACAUGGCUCCUGCUGAAGCAGCAAAGGAAGGUGUUUGGAUAAAGAAGUUCAUUUCUGAACAUGGAGUGGUUCCUAGCAUUAAUGACCCAAUCCCGUUGUUUUGCAACAACACUGGGGCCAUUGCACAGGCAAAGGAACCAUGAUCUCACCAAAAGACCAAGCACAUUGUACGACGUUAUCACAUCAUACGAGAAAUCGUAGACAGAGGUCCAGUAUCUAAAUAUGGCCACCUAAUUAAAUUUUAUAAUGGGAUAAAUUUUUGUCUCCAAAAUUUAUUGACUAAUCUAAAAAAACAAUAACGGUAAAAAAGACUAAACUAGUAACUUCGUAAGCCGGCUCCGAUACCACUGUUGGGAAACGAGGCUUGGAUAAUGCAGCGGAAAACAAAAAUUUAUAGUCCAAAACUCGAUUCCACCCAAGAACAACUUACGUAAAUUAGUAGCUAUAGUAAGAAAUUUACCUUAACGGUGAAAAACGAAGAACGAAGAAACGGUCGGGGAUGGUUUUGAGGAGAUGAACGUAGCGCCAAACGUAUGAAGCCUCCAACGUAUCCACAUGAACGUAGCAACGACGGUGGAUCCGGUAGGGGAAGGCGACGGUGGACAGCGGGUGCAAUUUGGGGUGCUCCUUUCUUUCCCCCUCUUUUUUUUACUAAGAUUCCAAACCCAAAGAGCGAUGGGUGAUGAAGAUCCAGAACUGCCAUGUAUUGGGCGGAGAUAUAUAUUGUAACGAAAAUAUAGCAAGAAUAAAGGGCUGUUUACACUUCAGUCUCUCUUCUUCUCUUGCCCCUUUUUUUGGGCAAUUUUUUUUAGUCCAUGCUAGAAGUUGGGCCGCCACCAACAGUCAUCCAAGGGUGACAGUCUACAGCAUCAACAGCGGUCUUGGUGGCCUAGGGAUUUCAGCAGCAGCUUCGUGCAUCGUCGGUGAUGUCGGCAGACCCAACCUGUGGCGACGACGGAUAUUCCCAGCACCGUCGACGAUGAAGAUGACAAAUCGUCUAAGCUUCCCCUUCAAAUGAUGUAAAAUUUUGUGGUCAUCCAUGAGUAAUAUUUCGGUUUCACGGGUGGCGCCAAAAUGAUGGUGUAAAUUAUCGACCGGUAUAUCAUUUUUAGCCCGGCUAAAACGAUUAACUAGUCUAAAAAAUACACCAAAAUAUAAACAUGAGGAUUUUUAUGCGGGAGAAAACCACGGGCUUUUUUUGGCGAUACCUUGCCAACGAGGAAUUUUUAUUAAUAUCGGGGGUGUGUACACGGUACAUGAUUUAGGCUAGAAGCCAUUAAUGAAGCAUUUGAGCUCUU